ACUUCAAAUUGAGAAGUUACACCGAGCACUCAAAUCUAGAUUCCCUACCCACAUUGGGCAAUGUGCAAUGUCUAUUAAGGAAAUUAAACAAGCAUGUCAGGAAAUAUUGCUAAAAGAACUUGAUGAACAAUGUAAGGAACUUUGCUUAAGAAAAAACCCUUCUGUGUUACGAAAUAAUGGUUUUGAUGACAUAGUUAAAUUCGAUUGGCUGAAUAUUGUAUACGAACUGCAGAAGAGAUGUCCAUUUCUUUUGAGUGUUUUAAAUACUGUCACAGCAAAAAAGAAAACACAGUCAGAGCUCGCACCUUGUAUUGGUAUGGCAUAUGCUAUAUUGAUGAUACAACGCAAUCAUGAGUUAAGUCUUGUUCAAAGGAUCAAUACCUUGAUCAUGGCAGAAGGAAAUGCAAAAAAACAGUUAUAUACCAGAUGCCAAAAGGUUGGAUUUGCAUUAUCACAUCAAAGCAAAGUCAAUUUGCUAGAUGAAAUUGGAGGUCAUUUUGCAGAUGAAGCAAUCACAAUGGUAAAGAAUGGUUGCAAGAUGCAAGGGACAGGUGACAACUGGGAUUUUCGAAUAUUAUGUCAUGAUAUGAGAAAGGAUCAUCAGAACAAAGAUAUGCAUUAUUUUGCAUCAAAUCUUCUUUUUGAACGAGUUCCUAUACCAGACAAUUUGUCCUUAUCUCCUAAACAUGAUAUUAAAACUUUGGAAAACAGUUCAUUUUUAUUAAGUGUUGCUGAAAGCAAAAAAUUAUUGGAAGAUUAUAAAGUUAUUAUAAGCAGGAUAUUGGUUCAAUAUCUGCCAGCUUUUGGUGCUUUCAAGACGAUUGUUCCAACCCAUAUUGACCAUGUAUACCAGGAUGAGAUGUCAAAACAAUCCGUAAUUGUUCCAUUACCUAUACAAAUGAAAGAUGAAAAGAGCUAUGCUGACACUGUUGACAUCCUAAGUUCAUAUGAAGAUGCAAUUGAAGAUAUUUAUUCCAGAGCUGGUGUGAUUCAGAAGCCCAAAAAAGGACAAUCAGAUAAUUCUCCUGAAAACGGCAUUUCAUCUGGGCAUUCACGACCAGAGCAACCUGGAGCUCAUGUUACAAAGGAGGACAACACAGAUCAUAUGCAAGGCAUAUCAGUUCCAUUUGGUGGUGACCAAUUAACAAGAGUCCGGUUUGCUGGUGCUAAGGAUCUUCGAGCAGGCGCACACACCGCAAAGGACAGAUUUGAUCACUGUAGCCCAUUUAAGAUUGAACUUUGGCAUACUAAAGCAUCAUAUCUGCAGUUUGUCUUUGAUUUGCUCUUUGAUUCCUGUUCUGUAAGAGAAUCUGGAACAUUAAAAUUUUUCCGAGAGAAAUAUUCACGGAAGAAUGUCACGCCACAGAAGGUACUCGAUUCAUACGAAGGCUGUGAACAAUUUUUUCUGAGUGUUGGAACAGCAUAUAUAUUAGAAGCUGCACUUCAAUUCUGGGGUAUGGCCGAUAUCAAUUCAACUCCCACAACCAACACACUUCCUUCCAAUCUAAAAAGCAAAGAUCAGAAAAGGGAGUACUUUGAUAAUGUUGUUGAGUCAUUUAUCAGAAAUUAUGUGAGUAAUAACACAGAAAAUAAUGAAGGGGAUAUUUUGGAUUCAUCAAGUGAUUCAAUUAAUGAACCAGAUAGAGUGAGAUACUAUGGACUUAACGUUGUCGAACUUGCUGUAUUUCUAAUGCAGUUAAUUGAUACAACAGCCGAGGGUGAUGGAGAAAGGUGCAACAUAAAUAUUAAACAACUGUUGCUCUACUUCAAGUCUUCAACCAAAUUUACAAAAUAUGCAUUGGAGAUGUUCACUGCAAUUGCCCAAUCUGAGGCAUUGUUUUCUGAGCAACUUCACCACCGUGUAACUUGGGGACGCUUUGUUAACUGGAAUGGUGGCCGUGGUAACAAUGUUGAAUGUGAUCUCACACAAGAGAUAUGCAACAGAAUAAGUAAAUCAGUAGUAAAAAGCAUGGGAGUCAACAAGACAGAAAAAAACUUAACAAGAGUCUCAAAAGCAUCAGCAGGCCUGCACAGAAUUGUCAACCAAUUUGACAAUGUCACACAUGUUCAUAAACCCUCACAGCACCAUUCAACAAGAAGUUCUCAGGAUGACGAAUUAAUGAUGCUUAAAGAUCUUCGUAAAUUAAACCCUUUCAAUUUGAACCCUGGCCGAUUCCAUAAUUCAUUUAAAGAUAUUGAAAUCUCGCCACUUGUUAACAUAGAUUUUGCUCAAUUACAUGCAUGGAUAGAUGACCAUAAAAAAAAAGAUUGGUUAUAGGAAAGGACAAAACCAAAACAAGCAAGUAUCAUAAUUGAACUGGUGAUUGAAUGAGCCAACUGUACUUGUUGUGUAGUUUACAUUAAUAUUGUACAUAUAUGACUACAUGAUAAUCAUUGUAAGGUUGGGAAUUUGACAGGUUUGUAUGCAUGCAUACUGUAACCUCAUGCAAGCUGAGGGCUUAUUCUCUUCAAACCAAAAAGGGAGCUUAUUAGUGAGUGGGUUAGAAGAGAGGGGCUGAUGUUUAUCAAUCCAUGCCAAACAGUGAUAAUUUAGGCAAAGAACAUAGCUAGAAGACAGUUGUAUAAGGAGAGGGGGGGGUUACUAUAGAGGGGACUAAAUAUAUAGAUUAU